GUGACCAGAAGGUGAUCGAAAGAAAGGCAAGACAUCGCGAGGAGGAAGAAAUUAGAGCAGGAGUAAGACUGGGAGGGCUGGAGGCUGGCCCAUCAUCGCAGUACUAACAUUUGAUAACGUAGAAGAGGAGAGCAGACGGACGGGAGACAGGGAGGACUGAGGACACAGAGCAGCAUCACUUCGCCUCCUGCGCACGAUCCGCGGCUGCGUCUCAGUGCCAAAGAGAAAGUGUCCGCAUCUCGGCGAGAUCUGUUUACGGUCCAAAUGUGGCUCUUGGUCUGUCUCCUGACCCUCAGCUCAGUGGCCCUGAUGACUGCUGUUGGUGGAGAUGUGUGUGUGGCAGGUCAUGACAGCGGGCCAGUGUUUGAAGAACAGCCGAGCAGUUUAAUUUACCCUGAAGGCCUGACUGAAGGCAAAGUGACCCUGAGCUGUCAGGCCAGAGCAAAUCCAGCUGCUGCUUAUAGGUGGCUUGUGAAUGGGACUGCGGUUCCACUGAAUUUGGACCGAUACACCCUGGUGGCUGGUACCCUGGUGAUCAGCGGCCCCGACCCCAUCCGGGAUACAGGCUCUUACCAGUGUCUAGCUAUCAACCGUUGUGGCACCAUCAUUAGCAGAGCAGCCAACCUCAAGUUUGGUUACCUCCAUGACUUCCCUCCAGAUGGCAGAAGUCCUCAAACAAUAAAUGAAGGUCAAGGAACGUUCUUGGCCUGCCAACCUCCUCCACAUUACCCAGCGCUGUCUUACCGCUGGUUUCUCAACGAUUUUCCUAACUUCAUCAGGAAGGAUGAUGGGCGCUGGUUUGUGUCACAGGUCACUGGGAAUCUUUACCUGGCUAAAGCUGAACCUAAUGACACAGCAAACUACUUCUGCUUCACAACGAUCAACAUGGAAGUUAGCACAAAGAGCACGUUCAGCAAGGCCAACCAGCUCACGGUAGUCCCUGAUGCCAAUCCCAGGAAGUCAGCUCCAACCAUUAAAGUGCGCUUCCUAGCAGAUACCUAUGCCCUGGCUGGACACACCGCCCAGUUAGAGUGCUUUGCUUAUGGAAAUCCAGCUCCAAAAGUGCGGUGGAGGAAGGUGGAUGGUUUAAUGCCAUCCAAGGCAGGCCCCACUGUGGAGGGUCCCACCCUGACCCUUCCUGAACUCUCCUUUGACGAUGAGGGCAUUUAUGAGUGUGAAGCCUACAACUCAGAAGGAAGGGACACGUACCAGGGACGCAUUAAUGUCCAAGCUCAACCAGAGUGGUUGCAGGUGAUGACUGACUCAGAGGUGGAGAUUAGCUCAGAUCUUCAGUGGAGUUGUGUGGCUGCUGGAAAACCUCGACCCUCUGUACGCUGGCUACGCAAUGGACAGCCACUUAGUACACAGGAUCGUGUGGAGGUGAAUGGAGUUCAUCUUAGAAUCAUCAACCUGGCUCUGGAGGAUUCUGGCAUGUACCAAUGUGUGGCUGAAAACAAGCAUGGCACCAUCUACUCGACUGCUGAGCUCAGGGUCCAAGUUCAGGCUCCAGAUUUCCGGUUGAAUCCAGUAAGGAAGCUUAUUCCAGCAGCUAGAGGGGGACAGGUGAUGAUUGAUUGUCGCCCUCGAGCUGCCCCGAAGCCCAGUCUGUUCUGGAGUCGUGGAACAGAGUUGCUCACCAACAGCAGCAGAAUCACAGUAACUCCAGAUGGCAUCUUGUGGAUUUAUAACAUCAGCAGAGCAGAUGAAGGAAAGUACACCUGCUUUGCUGAAAACUACCUGGGCAAAGCCAACAGCACUGGACACCUGUCUGUGAGAGAUGCCACCAAGAUCACGCUGGCCCCUUCUAAUGCCGACAUAAAUCAGGGCGAGAAUGUGACGCUCCAGUGCCAUGCCUCCCAUGAUGCAGCUAUGGAUCUUACCUUCACAUGGUCUCUAAAUGGUGUCCUUUUGGACCUGGAGAACUCUGCUGGGCCUUACCAUCGGGUGGAGGGGAAGGAAAACACUGGUGACCUGCUGAUUGUGAGGGCUCAGCUGAGCCAGGCGGGGACAUACGUGUGCACAGCUCAGACUGUGGUGGACAGCGCCUCAGCCUCAGCUAAGCUGGUGGUUCGAGGACCCCCGGGACCUCCUGGAGGUUUGUUGGUGAAGAAUGUGGCUGAGACAUCAGUGGAACUCAGGUGGAGCCGUGGUUACGAUAACCACAGUCCUAUCGGCAAAUAUGUCAUCAUGGGCCGCUCUCCUCUGUCGUCUGAGUGGAGGAAGAUGAGGACAGAUCCAGUGAACAUUGAAGGAAAUGCAGAGUCAGCUCGUGUGACAGGACUGAUUCCCUGGACGGAUUAUGAAUUCCAGGUUAUCGCCAGCAACAUCUUGGGCAGUGGAGAGCCUAGCAUGCCUUCCCACAUCAUUCGGACACUGCAAGCAGCUCCCACUGUGGCCCCAAGUGGACUGGGAGGUGGAGGAGGAGACCGUGAUGAGCUCAUUGUUACAUGGACGCCCAUGGCCAGAGAAUACCAGAACGGUGACGGCUUCGGGUACAUCUUGGCAUUCAGAAAGAAGGACACAUCAUCAUGGACAGAGGUGCGAGUUCCCCGUGUAGAGUCCUCUCGAUAUGUUUACUACAACAGCAGUCUGGCAGCGUACACUCCUUUUGAAGUGAAGAUCAAAGCUUAUAACCGCAAAGGAGAAGGCCCGUUUAGCCAGGUUGCUGUGGUUCACUCUGCAGAGGAAGAGCCAACUGUGGGGCCUUCCAGCAUCAAUGCCACGGCACUGUCCGCCUUUGAGAUCCAGGUUUCCUGGGAGCCUGUGCAGCAGCUCAGCGCCAAUGGCAUCCUGAGAGGAUACGAGAUCCGGUACUGGCGGCAGCACGAAAGAGAAGCAGCAGCGGACCGAGUGAGGACAGCAGGCCUGGAGCCGACAGCCAGGGUGUCCGCACUUCGACCCAGCACUCGAUACCACGUCGCUGUUCUGGCGUACAACAGCGCCGGCACAGGACCGCCCUCGCCACGCACCACCGUCACCACCAGGAAACCACCUCCCAAUCGUCCUCCAGGCGGCGUGUCAUGGAAGGCUCACGGCUCGCGGGUCACGGUGAGAUGGGACCAAGUGACAGCCAUGCACAACGAGUCAGCCAUACUGGGCUACAAAGUUCUGUACAAGCACGAGGACCAGGCAGCUUUGAAGUUUCUGGACAAGACGAAGACAUCAGUGAGCCUGCCGCUGCCCAAAGACAACGGUUACAUUGUGUUGGAGAUCUGGUCAUGGGGCGAGGGCGGGGACGGGCCAGCACACGAGAUUAUCGUGUCCCGGGAAUCAGGGACUGGUAUGAUGGUGCAGAAGGAUGCCUCCUCCACACUGUCCUGUCCCCAUGCCCACCUCCUCUCAGGCUGGGCUCUGCUCAUUUUUGCGGUGGUGUCAGGCCUGUGAUCUCGGCCAGUCGGAACUUUUUCUUAUGGGUGGCUUGAAACUAAUGCUCUCCUUUAUGGAUCACUGGGUGUGGGUCCAGGGAUGGGAAACAUGGGGAUUCACUUUUAAUAAUGACAAGGAUCUUUUUAAAAUGUCUGAAGGAGAUAUUAUGUUUGUGCACUGCUCUCAGUAUAAACCAUGCCUUAUUGGGACAUCUGUGGCUGACAGGCCACAUUAAUGUGUCCUUGAAACUGUAGUUGGCAGGACUUCAGGUGUAAAUGUAAUAAUAGAGUCAACGUGGUGGAGGUCUGCGUGUUCACACUGAGGGCUUACUGAGUCUUUUGGGUUACAGGUGAUGUUAGAGCUGUAACUGCAUUCACAGCAUGCAUUUUUCACUUUGCAUUUACAAACUGAAUGUGUGAUGAAACACCAGAGAGGCUAAAGUCAAACGUUCUGCUAAAACUGCCAGGUGCCAAUUAGAGACAGACUCCAACUCUUUCAUCUGCGUCUCAUGUUUGAAAUCACAAAGUGCUUCUCUUGUUGCUCACAGUGUGAACACAGAAUAAAACCGAGGCUCUAAAGAACUGCUAACUGUUGUUUCCAGCUUUUGCUACUGUCUCUGUGCUUGUUUCACGUGUCUAGAUGAUUAUUAUACUGUUUGAUGUCUUAUUUCAUUUCAGGGAAAUUUGAUUGUAUUUAAUUCUUUGUUGAUGUUUUUUUGUUUUGUUUUUUGCUUCUUUGAAUCAUUUUGACAGGAAUGUAAAAAUACUUGUGUUUAGUGCAGCAGGGAUAGAUGACUGAGAGAGAGGAAAGUCCGAUCACCAAAGUUAUCAACAGUGUUGUAAACUGUCCUCAUUGUAACCCCGCUAUCAACUCUUAUGUAACAAUUCUGCUUCACCACAUUUUACAGGAAACAUGUGGCCGCUGUCAUUCUUGCAGUAUAUUUGUAUCUACAGCUCGAGAGUUAAGAUCAAACAUCAAGUGCUAAAAAACUGCGUCUUUGUCAAUGUUUUUUUAUUAUUUUGUUGUUGAUAUACUCAGAACUUUUGAUUUGGUUUGAAUGGUAGAUGAUGCUCUGGUCUAAGAUUUUGGAAUGACAGGAAUCCAUUGUUUUGGUUUUCUACCCGCAAAACACUGCAGUGCUUCAAACUGAGUUUUUACUGGACGAGGUUCUCUUGUUAUUUUACAUCUGUACCAAACGUUAUUGCUAAUGCAUGCAGCGCUUAAUAUGCUGUUCAUUGUUAAUACAGUUUGUUCCUAAGUCAGUAAGUGAGAAGUCACGCUGGUGGAUGUUUUAAUGUCUUUUAUAUUCCUGUGUUACAUCAGUCACACUGUCUAAUGUUGAAUUGUCGCCAUCACUUUUCCCUAAUCCCAACCAUAUAUUGUAGUAUUGUAGGGUUAGGAUAAGUGUUCUAACAUAAUUUUCUUGUAAUAUCCCCAAAUAAUCUGCUCAGAAUAAUCAUGGAAAUGGUUCUGUUGUCCUUACAUAGGAUAAUAAUCAGUACAUGACUGAUAGCUGUGCAUGACAGACACUGAAGAUAUACAAUAUAAAAGGCUUAACAAGAGAAACUGAUGCUAAUGAGAGGAGGCUGGGGAAGCUUCAGACAGGAAGAGAAUGUUAGUGCCAUCAGACACCAGCAAAGAGAAAAGCAAGCUAGUGACGAAGCUUGGUGGUCGUCAAAAGGUUAGAAAGGAGGAUUAAUUAACUAUGGAAUAAAAACGGAUAAAAAAUAAAAGACUCAAUAUGGUGGACUGAAUAAACUUCCAUACGAAAUACUCAUGCAGAUAUGUGCAAGCCAUGCUGAAUGUACCGCCUUGCUAAAGCAGUGUUGGGGUUAUGGAUGAGCCUCGCCAUCCAGGCCCAGCCAAUAAGUCACUGAGCCCCCUCAGCUGAAAUCUGAAAAUACACUUCUACUACAAGUUACACAGAUUAAUAUAAUUUGGAAAUGAAAACCUAAACACCCUAAUGCUGAUAAGCUAUUGCAGCACAACUACAGAUCAAUAUUUGAUGGAGCAGCUUUGGAGCAGUCAUGAUACCCAGCAUGACUGAGGAGGACGCUGAGCAGGAGGGCUGCAGGUCAGACUUUUGGGAAAUAACGUCUCUUUGAACCUGAAGGUUAUUAGUGCAGAUAGUUUGAACCCUGACUGAAAAAGCAAAACAAAUGGGAAAGUGCUGGGCAUAUACUGACUGCUCCCAGUUAACUGUCCACUUCUGCAUCCAGGGAGAAACGUUUGUCCUGGUGCUUUGCCUGUACAACCUAAGAAGAUAUUAUCACUGCACUUUUAGAUUUAGGCUAGAUUUCCUCAAGAGUGAACUAUGAGCGAAUGGUUGCAAAUAUACAUGCUGUUUUUGUUUUGGGGGUUUUUUGGUGAAUAAAAUGACUUGAGAUGACCCCCCCCCCAACAUAUGGUCUACUGCCCAAGGUGAGAAAUAUCUCCUCACCUUCUGCAUGCAGUGUUGAGAUGCAGUUGAUGGAAGAUAAACUUGAAUGUUAGUAUUUAUGCUGUGAGCGCUUCUUGGCUUGCUUAAGGAAGCUGUGGAAGCAGUGGAUCGCCAUCUCUGUGUCAAUCGAAGAAGAUUGCAAAGCAUUUAAGGCUAUAAAUAUAUUUUUUUAACCUAUCAGAAGAAGGUCACUUAAGCUUUUUUCCCCCCCAUUCAGCCAAAGGGGAGAACAAGAGGUGCAGACAUGUACGAAAGGCUCUGAAAAGACUUUUCUUUUGCAUCAGUCAGUGAAAACAGAGGCCAGCUCAAAGAGACAGCGCUCCCAAGGUGGGAAGCUGACUGAAAGAUUAAAUCCAAUCCAAGAUUGCCCAAACAAUUAAUCCACUGCUUCCCUCCAGAUUAACUGAAGAAAUAGAAAAUCACUCACCCCAGAAGAAUAACCUCCAAACUAUACAAAGUAAUUUCCAACACUGAUGUAUCUACCGUGCUACCAAUACUCAAAUGGGAAAAUGACCUGGAGUACUCCCAAUAACAUUUUCUCCAUGACCAAAAAUGCAAACGUACACAGUAUAAAACAAUUCACAGCACACGCCUUACACAAAGGAUAAUGUUUAAAAUGGGUUUAGGGAGCACAGACACUUGUUCACGGUGCACUUCAGGGAGCUCGGACGAUUACUUCACCAAUGUGGCGUGUAUAUAAUCAUCAGUAGUCACUAGUGAUCACUCAAUUUUCCCUUUUUAAUAUAAAUAACAUGUUUAAUGUCUGCAGGAUGAAAAUUAGAUUUUUUUUUAUUAGAAAUUUUAAUUCUACCGAACAAUCAGGCUGGGUGUGAUGCCCCAAAAUAUAUUAUUAGCAGUGCUGUCAAUAGAUUAAAAAACAACAACUAAUUAAUCUCACAAUUUUCUGUAAUUAAUCUCAAUUAAUCACAAUUACUUGAUCAAUAGCCUGGUUGCAAUUACAUUUUUUUCAACUUUAUAUUUAAGCUUAUUACUGAGAUGUAUGCAACAUAAUGAAGUAAAUGCAGAAUAAACACAAAGAAUGUUAAAUGCUUAAAUUCAAAGAGAAUUUGGAUAGUUUUCUUCAGUCUUUUAGCACAGGUUCUCUCCUGUGAAAUACAACUUUUUAAAAACCUAUAUACUAAUAGGUAAGUAUACAUAUAUAUUAAUAUUGGUGCUGUCAAACAAUUAAAUUAAAUUAUUGAACUGAAUGGAGUUAAGUUGGUCAAAAAGCUGGUCCAUUGGCACAGACCUAGUUGUGGCAUGAAGCUUGAUACAGCUGAAAUCAAGAGAUGUAAACUUCUGUCAGAUGUUUAACUCAAGCCGUAAAUAAUACUGGUGCUACUAAUUAAUUUUUCACUGGUGUUUAUUGGCCCAAAAUAACUGGACCAACAUGUGAGCACGGAUAAUGAUAACACCUAGCUACAGCUAUCUACGCACAGACAGAAAAAGAUUUUUUUCAAAUGUUUGUGUCUUUGUUAGCCACACUCGACAUAAGUGAGGUGAUGAAGCAAAUACGAAAAAAUGAAUCGUCACAGAGUCAUUAGGUUUAAGUAUAAAACAAAAACGUCACUAAAUGUUUUGGUUGUCCACACGAAUCAUAUACUGAAACACACCAAGAUCAAGUUUCAGAACCAAACAGUGUAAAAGAAAUGUUUCCUGUCCUACGUUACUGACCAUCUGCGAAGCCUUCGCUUUGGAAAAGAGGCUGAGAGCGACAUGGGUGUGACACACAGACUGUUAAGCUAUACCUCUUUAAAUAUGAGGAACAUCGCCCUCUAGUGGCUGUAGUAAUUUUUGAUGAGACCAAAGAAAUAGAUGUAAAGUAUUGCAAGAAGUUUAAGGUGGAUGGAUGGGUCAGCAAAACACUGAAUUUUGGACCUAAGUCUCCAAUGUUAGGUCCAGUAAGAGCAAUAUCUUUUUUGUCCUGGUUGUGGAACACUGGACCAGGUCCUUAUCCUCUUGAGAGUGUGUGAGAGUGCAUGGGACCAACCUUUGACCAACCUGUCUACUUGUGUUCUGUAUACUUUGAUUUGGUUUUUUCAGUUCAGUUUUAUUUAUAUAGCGUCAAAUCACAACAACAGUCGCCUCAAGGCGCUUUAUAUUGUAAGGUAGACCCUACAAUAUAGUGUCUGUCUCCUGAAUCCAAACUGGAAGCUGGUUCCACAGAAGAGGGGCCUGAAAACUGAAGGCUCUGCCUCCCAUUCUACUUUUAAAUACUCUAGGAACAACAAGUAAGCCUGCAGUGUGAGAGCGAAGUGCUCUAAUAGGGUGAUAUGGUACUACAAGGUCAUUAAGAUAAGAUGGGGCCUGAUUAUUUAAGACCUUGUAUGUGAGGAGCAGGAUUUUGAAUUCUGGAUUUAACAGGAAGCCAAUGAAGGGAAGCCAAUAGAGGAGAAAUCUGCUCUCUCUUUCUAGUCCCUGUCAGGACUCUUGCUGCAGCAUUUUGGAUUAACUGAAAAGACAACUUGAUUAUAAUGAAUUACAAUAGUCCAGCUUAAAUAUUAAGAAAUGCAACCAGUGCAAAUCCAGUCAAUUUUUUAGUAUCACUCUGGGUUUGUUUUUUUGUUUUUUUUAUUUUACAGUUAUAUUUCACACAUGCAAGAAAGCAG